AUGAGCGGACGUUUUCAUGCUGAAGAUAGCGACAUUUAUACCCAGACGGGUAUUCCUAGCACUGGGCUGAGUGCCAACUCUGAGGGAAUUUCAGACAGAUCUUGGAGCGCGAGCACCGCUGUCGAAGAUAAUGUUUUCCCGCCCUCUCCUAACGAUCAUCUCGCACACACGGCGUUUGGGGGAAUCCAGGAAUCUUGCUUAGUGCGGUACUUCAUCGAAGAGCUAUCACCAUGGUUUGAUCACGCUGACGAUCGACGCCAUUUCCAAUUGGUGGUCCCUGGCCGGGCCCGACAUUGUCCAACUCUUCGUUAUGCUCUAUUUGCGGUGUCGUCACGGCAUCUGUGCCGUCUGCCACGAUACAAGACAAGACAUGGCAUUAUAUACCAGGGACAAUUACUUCCACACUUGACAGAUUCCAGCGCAGUGGAAUACAUGCUAAAGUGCAUUCCGGGCCUCGCGGAAUUCCCAAGCAUUCAGGAUCCGACACAUCAAGAAAAUAUCAUGGCUGCCGCUAUCAUCUUACGUCAAUACGAGGAGAUGGAUGAAGAGAGCAACGAAGGCAGAGUUGACGCGGAGCAUUAUGACGAACGAGUCAAUUUCCUAGCCGUCACCCAGAAGAUCAUCGACUCAAUGAUUUCGUCCCCUCUGGACCAUUCGCUUGCCACUGCAGCGUACUGGAUUGCAAUACGAAUGGAGAUAUAUUAUGCGUUGACUAGGGAAACGAUACCGCAUUUACGAUUUGAUUCUAACAAUUGGCGCAGUUCUUCAAUCGCCAAUAAUAUGAUCACGUUUGUUGGUGAAGUUGCCCAAUGGCGCUGGGGCCAGAAAUCACCAGAAGAAUGGACUCAACUAAGUCUCAAGGAACAGAAACUUGUUCAAGAAUCCUCAGGUGCAAUGGAGCCUAUCCUUGAGCUCAAGGCAAAUCGAGCCAAUGGCCAAGUAUUCCCGACCGUGUGGUACGGCUUGGAUGUGCAGGCGACAGCAGUUCAGCAUCUCCAGUUGGCUCAGAUGAUUUUGAUUGCUGAAAACCCACAGCUGGAGAGAGCAAGUCGCUCUGCGCAUCGUAGAGUGGAGGCUCGUGUCCGAUCUAUCGUUCUCAACCUGUGCGGAAUUGCCUUGUGUCAUUUACGGGUCCAACCAUGUCUGGUCAAUGCGGUCAUUGCGAUUACUCUAUAUGGCGAUUACUUCACGGAGGAAGAGGAGCGCCACGCAUUGGUCGGCAUCAUUAACCAAACAAAAGACUUACAUGCCUGGCCGAUGAAAAAGCCCUAUCUAACCCUGCUAGAGCGGUGGGCAAUGGUGGAUACUGUAGAAUCGUGA